AUUCACCAAACUCACAUCAACACUAAAAGCUCAUCAAUCUUCUUGUGGCUUUCUCUUUAAUAACACCUCUUCAUUGCUUUCAUAACCAACAAAAAAAAUCAAUGAUGUCUUUUGUCGCAAACUUGGCCAUCGAGAGUCUGGACCGUGCUUCCGCGGUGUAUGUUGAAGAUGUGGUGGGUAGGUCUCGAGUGGCAUAUGGUGAGAAUGGUGGUGAUGAUGAUGACACUGGCUACGAUUAUGCUCCUGCUGCUGAAUCUUGCGUUGGCGGCGACACAACUAGUUAUGAUCAAGAAAUGAAAUGCCGUCAAGCUGCAUAUGCCGAAAACGGUGACCAAGAUGACGACGAUAUUUAUGAUUAUGCUCCAGCAGCAUGAGUGCAUCAUAUGCGCAGAUUUUGUAUUUCUUGUGGCUUAGGCCAUUAAUUUGUGUCGUUUACAGUUUAACAUUAAUAAUUGUCAAUCUAUUUU